AUGAGCGCCCAAUAUGCUGAAGGGCCUCGCCUUCAGGGCGAAACACAGGGGCCCGACUAUGGCACUGUGCCAGUGCAACCCGAGGAUCUGGGUGGGUUGCAAGGAGCACCGCAGAUUAAUGGACAUCCACCUCCUGCACCUCCGGCUACGACGACGACUCCGGCAGUUGAGAGUGGAGUUCAUAGAGGCGAUUCCAGUAAUCAGGCGUGCGAGAUGGCGGCAGAAGGCCCAUUGCUACCUGGUGUGGCUGCAAGGUUUUCUCAGCAAGCUGCAUUGAAUGUGGGUAGCAGUGUGACUGAAGGCAGGCCAAGUGGGCUGGAAGCUCCUGGAGUGAGCCCCGCCACUGGGCAGGCGUCCUUUGGAGCUGGACCACCGCCAUCUGCAGGCAACCUUUUCCCAAGUCCUCUUCCUGGAGCCUCGCCGGCGUCGCAAGAGCCACCUGGACGCGUGGGCUUAGAGUCUGUUACGGCUCGUGCAGCUACCUGGAUGUCGAGGAUUGGUGACCUGUUUCAACAACGUCGCGUUGAAGUGCAUACCACCUGGAGCCCAGCUCAUGGGAGAGAGAACCCUUGGGUGGCUCAGCAACCGUUUGUGGCCUCCUCGCCACCUGCAGCACAAGAUCAACUGAGGGAGAGACCACAGUCGAAUCCUCCUUCUACUGGCUCUGCCGCGGUACCUUAUGAGGUGGUACAGGCUGAGGUUUCGAAGCAGUUGGAAGGGGCUAUGGGCGAGCUUUAUGGUACUAUGAUGGAAAAGUUGGAGAAUGAGCGUCGGAGGACAGAAGAGGCAGAGCAGCAGGCGCAAAUGCUACGCGAGCAGCUGGAGGUGCGGAUUCGCAACGACCACCGGCGCCAGAUGCUGGUCGAGGCCGGCGAUUUCUUCAAGGCUUGUUGGGAUUUGGGAAUGGUGGUGGUAACAAUAAGUCGAGCGGGCCAGGCCACGGCGAUGAUGUUGACGGCGAUCCCGCAAUCCAUCAAGGAAGAGGUAAUAGCUGUGGGAGGCGUUACAACCGUGAACUUGAUGGCGAAGCUCUUCUCCACGUACCAGCCUGGGAACCGCCAAGAGAAGGCUUUGGUUUUGGCUAACUUGGAGAAGCCCGGUGAAACUAGCGAUGCCAAAGGGGCUGUUGACUUGACAGGAUAUGCGGUUCAGUGGUCAAGGCGGACAGUGAGCUGGCUUUUCGCGUAUCGCUGA